CUCCGCGUGAGAGCGCACCGAGCCGGAGAGACGGACAGAUACUAGACGCGGCCGUUGGACCUCAGUGACUGCUAAAUUUCAGUAUUGUUUCUGACCGUAACAACAAGAAGAUGCCACUGGGUGAAGAUUGCCAUGGCUGGAAAAAGAAGACCACAGAUGUGAAGGAUCAGUAUGACUUCAAAGAGAUCCUGGGAACGGGAGCUUUCUCUGAGGUGGUCCUGGCUGAGGAAAAGAGGACCCAGAGGUUGGUGGCUAUCAAGUGUAUCCCCAAGAAGGCAUUAGAGGGCAAGGAAAACAGCAUUGAGAACGAGAUAGCAGUCCUGCACAAGAUUAAACAUGCCAACAUUGUUUCUCUGGAAGAGAUUUUUGAAAGUAAAUCACACCUCUACCUUGUCAUGCAACUGGUGUCUGGCGGGGAGCUCUUCGAUCGUAUCAUAGAGAAGGGCUUCUACACAGAGAAGGAUGCCAGUAAGCUCAUUCAGCAGAUUCUGGAUGCCGUCAAAUACCUUCACGACAUGGGCAUUGUGCACCGUGACCUCAAGCCAGAGAAUCUGCUGUACUACAGUAUGGAUGAAGACUCCAAGAUCAUGAUCAGUGACUUUGGUCUGUCUAAAAUUGAGGGCUCUGGCAGUGUGAUGUCAACGGCGUGUGGAACACCUGGAUAUGUUGCCCCUGAAGUGUUGGCUCAGAAACCCUACAGUAAAGCAGUGGACUGCUGGUCUAUUGGCGUCAUAGCCUACAUUCUGUUGUGUGGUUACCCUCCGUUCUAUGACGAGAAUGAUGCCAAACUGUUUGAACAGAUCCUCAAGGCAGAGUAUGAGUUUGAUUCUCCUUACUGGGAUGAUAUCUCUGAUUCAGCUAAAGACUUUAUAGUCCACCUGAUGGAGAAAGACCCCAACAUACGUUACACCUGUGACCAGGCUCUGCAGCACCCCUGGAUUGCCGGGGAUACUGCUCUGGAUAAGAACAUCCACGAGUCUGUCAGUGCUCAGAUUAAGAAGAAUUUUGCAAAGAGCAAAUGGAAGCAAGCAUUCAACGCCACAGCAGUGGUUCGUCACAUGAGGCGGCUCCAGCUUGGCACCAGUCACGAGGGACCCAACCCCACGCUGCCCAGUCCGUGCCGAACUCACCUGCUCAUGCCAGAGGAAGAUGCAGGAGCGGGUUGUGACGGAGGGUGCUCCCAGAACGUCGAUGGAGGAGCUGACCCUCUGUCCAGCUGCACUUACCGCUGCCACCCGACCAGCAGGGUGUGAUCCCUGCGCCUGCUCCACUUACCUGUUUAAUCAAUCCCAGCGACUUUCCAAUUUUAACCCCCUCGGUGGAACCAGAGGCACCAUCUCCGCCCUUAUCUGGUUAGGAAUACAGCGUCAUUCCAACCUCUCGCCUGUAGGGGGAGCAAGCCUGUCCAGCCUGAGAGGGAAGACAUAAAAUGAGUUGAAAGGAGAUGCACCAGAGAGGAUCACUUUUACAGACCGGGCUGGUAGUUUGAUGAGUUGAAAUGGGGAGAGGAUACAGAGGAAAGAGGGGAAGAUAACCUCCUCCACCAGCAUGUCAGGGGGAUUGUUUUUGCCGAAGCAGGAUAGAGCUUGUUGGACACUGUUUUUACUCAUGAUUCAACCUGUCUCUUUGUUUGUUUAAUUGUUUUAUAUAUUUUUGUGUUGUCUUUUUAACCUCCUACUGUUAAACCUUGGGGCGUAAAUCCAGAAACAAUAUCUGCAUGAUCAGGAGAGAGUUUUCCCCCAUGCAUGGUUUGUUAUCUUAGAAAUAUACACUGUUGCAGAAAUGCAGUCUGAUGCAAAUGAUGGAGUUUUGUGUGCAAAGGUUUUCAAGGUGGAAAGGCUUAGAGCAUAUUGAUAUGUUGCCAUAAUCAGAAUGAAACUGAGAGAAAUCUUGUAAUUUUGCAGAUCUGCAUUCUAUGUCUUUAAGGUGUGCUCCCAGUAACAGGAUAGUUAAUGCAAUGAAAACUAUCUAAGUAGCCUUUCUUGUGGCGAUAUAGUAUUUCCAUGCAGUGGUUUAGCUUCUUGAGAGCAAAAAGGCUUCUCCCUUCUUUUUUUUUUCACCCCAAAUCUCUUUAACCACUCGAGCACAGGGAUAUAUCUUUGUCUAAGGUGCCUUUAGGAUAUACAGUAUGAUGGGUUUAUUUUCAGGUAGCUUCUGAAAUGUUUCUUUCUGCAGCACAGACUCUUGCUGUGACUUCAUAUUUUGUAUGUAUCACAUUUUCAGCUUUAAAAUGCAGUUUUAUGCUUUUUGUGUCAAAGUACUGUAAUCUCAGAGGGGAGGUCUGCACACAUACUGUACACUUUCAAUAUGGUCAAGUGUACUUUGUUAUUCGCUUAAUCUGCUUUAAAUUGAAAUAAUAUCAAUAGUUCAAUAUGAAAUGAGUGAACCAACAAUGAUACUAUUAAAACCUUUCUGGAGGCCUUCACCAGGAUCCUCAUUUGUUUUAAAAAAACAUCCUUCAAAUAAAUGUUUUUCAGAGGUAUACUCUAGUAUUUUGGCAGCUCCCUCAAUGACACAUAAAGACAGCAUAAAGAACUGUGUUCAUGUAGUCAGUACAAAUCCUACAGUACAUUUUGUGCAAAAAAAAGUGUAUUUGCAAACCUGAAAAAGCAUUGAUCAACGUGCUGAGCCCUCUGCAAAAUUAGGCUGACUUAGGAUUCAGGAGGUUGUAUGCAAAAAAAAAAAAAAAAACUGCAACCAAAUUUUGAUAUGCAUCUGUCACCAUGUACUGUAAUCGUACUGUCAU